UUUUUGAUUUGCACAUUUUAGAAAUUUUCUUCAAGGUGGUGAACUUCCAUACAGUUUCAUUCUAUUAUAUUCAUAAUGUGUUGUAAAACAAAACAGAUAUUAAUAUAUAUAUAUAUAUAUAUAUAUAUAUAAUAUGUGUGUGUAUAAGCCAUUUGUAACCUAACUGUAAAAUAUGCACUUUAAUGCAUUGAUUCAUUUGUAAUUGUUGUCUCAAUAUUUUUCUUGUGCUCUUAAAUGAGUCUGGAUGCUCUUGUUGAUUUGAGUAAAAUUUGCUACAUGGGUUUUUUUCAAAACCAGAACAAAUGUGGUAAGAAAUACAAAACAAUCUCUCUCGAUUUCAUUGAGUGGUAGACACAAUUCGUUUAGUGAACCAACACAGAAAUUCAAAUAGUUUUACUUAAUUUACAUGAACACAACAGAACAAGGACUGAUGUAUUUAAGAUCUGUCGAAAAGAAAGAUGAAAAAGGACACCGGACAAUACAAUUGAUCUCAUAACAAGAAAAGUGCUCAAUCAUCAUGGCAAACAGGACAUCAAAUGUAACCUAUACACACACAAUCUACAAUAGCAGCAGCUAUUCAAGCGAUUUUCAUCAGUUGUUUCUUACCAUUGUGGAUAAGUGCAAUGAUAAAGUUUAUACCUAUGUUCGCUUACCAAUAGAAAUUUUAACUCUUGUGGUGAGCUUCCCAAGUAAUGUGGCUCUGCUAUGGCUGCUAGUGAGGGGCAAGAAAGCUCUAUCACCCUCUGAAGUUUUGGGACUCAAUCUUGCCUUGCUGAAUGUCAUAUUCUGUAUCAGUCUCCCUCUUGAUAUGUACAUUUCUGUGAGUGUACGCUCUGGACAGCUCCUGGCAGUUUCAGAGGCCAUUUCUAUCCUCAACCUGAUUGGCUGUCCUCUUCUCUUGACCAGUAUGUGUGUGGAGCGCUACCUGGCCGCAGCACAUGCAGUCUGCUACAUGAAACUAGGGAAUAAAUGGGAGUAUCGUGUUGUCUCCUCGGCUCUAAUCUGGAUUGUCACUUUAGGUGUUGCGGUGAUUACCUACCUACAAAGGCUUCCUAAAUUAGCUUUGUACUUGUCAAUCACCCUUGAUGUUUUCUUACUGAUAAUGCUGGCAUGUCUAACAGGCAUUGUGCAUGUGCUCUGCAAAAAAGGUCCGGGUGAAGGGCAAACUGGUGGAAGAGGUGGGUCAUCCAUAAAAAACAGAGCACUAAAGAACGCCUUGCUGAUUCUAAUCCCUUCAACUGUAAUCUAUGGACCUCUACUGGCUACCGCUCCUUUCAUAUUCACACUUAAGAAUGGGGAUGAAGACAUUAGUCCCACAAGCUGUAUAAUCCUGAAUCUGAUGCAUACCUUUCCCAGUUUUGGGUCCUGCAUUGGGCCUGUGUUUUACAUGUCCCGCGUAAAACAACUAGCCUGCUGGAAAAAGAAUGCUGAAGAAAAACAAACAGUGACUCAAGAGCUACAGGAUGCAAGGUGAAGUUUCCUUUAAGAAGACCUCUGUUGGAUUAGUACAUUGAAAAGGAUUUAUAAUAUUAUUUUGACUGAUAUUGCUAUUUACCCGUUUUAAAGAAAUAUUAUUUUCUUGCUUUCAUUGCUUUGCAAAGUUAAAAUAAUGCAUUAUUAUUUGUUUAUUAAUA